AUGAUUCUGAAACGGACCUUGAGAGUCGAGAAUCAGAAUCUCAAGCGGUGCAAAAUUGAUUCAGAAAUUGAUUAUGGGAGCCAAAAGGGCGAGGUUAUAGUGUAUCGGAAAAGACAGAGAGCAAGCGUGGAUCAACCAUGUAGAGAACCCGAAGAUGUUACAAGUAGCGCAAGCUCCUUGACGAGCAAAGAGUCUCAUCUGGACCCCGAACAGUCCAAGUCCUCGCGCGGCAGAGUCAGAGUGGUUCCUUCGAGGUUCAACGAUUCGAUUGUUGAUGCAUGGAGUACUAGACGUCGCAAAGUCGAGUCGAAGGAGUCGAGCCAUGACGACGACACGCGUGUUAUGAAGAAAGUCAAAGGUGGUCAUGAUAAGAGAGCUGAGAACGGAAGCUCGAAAUUUCAUCUCAGCAAAGCCUCGAAGCUGUUUCCACGUAAGGAUAACGGAGACGGCAGCGAAGUUGAUUUUGAUGACUGGGGCGAUGAAAAGGGCGCGAAUGUCAAAAUGUCGAGGUUAUCUUCCUUCGACGACGCUAAUUCUUUCUCCGUGAGAGGUAAAGAGCAGUUUUUUGCCGAAUCGGGUGUGCUGGAAAAUCCCGCCGCCAUGAGGAAGGUCGUGUACAAGCCAGAGGACUUUGCGGUCGGCGAUCUAGUCUGGGCCAAGUGUGGGAAAAGAUUCCCGGCGUGGCCGGCUAAAGUGAUCGAUCCGGCUUCACAAGCGCCUGAUGCAGUAUUGAAACAUUGCGUCCCGGGCUCGCUCUGUGUCAUGUUUUUUGGGCACUCGAAGAAGGAUGGAACGCAGAGGGACUAUGGAUGGGUCAGACAAGGAAUGGUGUUUCCGUUUACGGAAUUUAUGGGCAAAUUUCAGGAUCAGACGAACUUUUACAAUAACAAGCCAAGCGAUUUUAAGGAGGCACUCGAGGAAGCAGUGUUAGCAGAGAAUGGGGUUGAGGGUAGUUGUGGAGCUGCUGAAAUCAGCUGCCCAGAUUCCUCUGCCACGACAUCCGACCAGGAGAAUGGGCCUGCUUAUAGAUUACAGGGUUCAUGUCCUGUCGGCAUAAGCACCUGUGACGGCUGUGGCACAGUAAUGCCAUUGAAAUCUCUGAAAUGGACAAAAGGAUCACAACCUGACGAGCUUUUAUGCAAGCACUGUGCAAAGAUGCGUAAAUCCAAUCAGUAUUGUGGCAUUUGCAAGAUAUCAUGGCACUCUUCAGAUGGUGGAGAUUGGGUAUGUUGUGAUGGGUGUGAUAUAUGGGUACACGCUGGGUGUGACAACAUUUCGAACAAGCGUUUUAAGGAACUGGAGCACAGCAAUUACCAUUGCCCUGAUUGCAGAGCACAGCAUGACCCCAGACCGGCUAUAUUAGAUGAACAGAACUCAUUGUUCAAGUCUACAGAAAUAUCUUCAGAGACUGAGCUGCCGGAUGAGGUUACUGUAGUCUGCAAUGGCAUGGAAGGGACAUAUAUCCGAAAGUUUCAUUUAAUUGAGUGCAAGUGUGGUGAUUGUGGAGCAAAGAAGCAGUCACCAAGUGAAUGGGAAAAGCAUACAGGCUGCAGAGCCAAAAAGUGGAAGUACAGUGUAAAAGUGAAAAACUCAAUGCUAACUCUAGAAAAAUGGAUUGCAGGAUCUAGCGACCCUACUCUAGAACAAGCUACUGCAGGUUGCGGGAAAUUAGAUAAGCAAAAGAUGCUCUCUUUGCUGGGAGAAAAGUAUGACCCAGUCAGUGCAAAGUGGACGACUGAAAGGUGUGCUGUAUGUAGAUGGGUAGAAGACUGGGAAGAAAAUAAAAUGAUCAUCUGUAACAGAUGUCAAGUAGCUGUGCACCAAGAAUGCUAUGGGGUAAGCAAAGCUCAAGACCUCACCUCCUGGGUAUGCAGAGCAUGUGAAACACCAGAUAUUGAGAGAGAGUGUUGUCUUUGUCCUGUAAAAGGGGGUGCUCUAAAACCAAGCGACAUUGAGGGUUUGUGGGUUCAUGUCACAUGUGCUUGGUUCCGGCCGGAAGUUGGGUUUUUAAAUCACGAAAAUAUGGAGCCUGCUGUUGGGCUUUUCAAAAUUCCAGCAAUUUCGUUUCUCAAGGUUUGCAGAAUAUGUAAGCAGACACAUGGUUCCUGCGUGCAAUGCUGCAAGUGUGCCACUCACUUCCACGCAAUGUGUGCAUCACGAGCAGGUUACAGCAUGGAGCUGCACUGCCUGGAGAAAAAUGGUGUGCCGAGGACCAGGAAGUCAAUUUACUGUGCUUUUCACAGGAAGCCAGAUCCAAAUAGUAAUGUAGUUGUGCACACACCCUCGGGAGUUUUUGGCUCUAGAAAUUUGCUUCAGAAUCAAAAUGGGCGUACCAAAGGUUCAAGACUCGUUAUGACCAGGAAGAUAAAGCUUCCAGGUUCCAAUAUCCAACCCCGAGCGGAACAGAGUCAUGAAUUUGGUUCUUUUUCUGCAGCAAGAUGCCGUAUCUAUAAUAGAUCAAACACGAAGAAGAUUGAUCUGGAGCCGAUAUACCACAGGCUGAAGGGACCAAGCCUCCAUUCUCUGAGUGAAAUCGAGAGUCUAAAGUCUGUUAAGGAAGCAGAUACGUCAGAAUUUACUUCAUUCAAAGACCGGCUAAAGCAUUUGCAGAGGACGGAAAAUCUCCGGGUCUGCUUUGGUAAAUCUGGCAUACAUGGAUGGGGUCUCUUUGCAAGGACAAGUAUUCAAGAAGGAGAAAUGAUCAUCGAGUACCGUGGGGUGAAAGUUAGGAGAAGUGUUGCAGAUCUAAGAGAGGCAAACUAUCGUUCUCAAGGCAAAGAUUGUUAUCUGUUCAAGAUAAGCGAAGAGAUAGUGAUUGAUGCCACUUACUCUGGAAACAUAGCCCGAUUGAUCAAUCAUUCAUGUAUGCCUAAUUGCUAUGCACGUAUUGUGAGUGUGGGUGAUGGAGAAGAUAACAGAAUCGUCCUCAUUGCAAAGACCAAUGUCUCAGCUGGCGAAGAGCUUACGUAUGAUUAUCUCUUUGAGGUUGAUGAAUCUGAAGACAUCAAAGUACCUUGCCUUUGUAGAGCUCAAAACUGCCGCAAAUUCAUGAACUGA